ACAAUUAAUGUUUUUAACAAAUAUUUUUUAUAAGUUAAAUAUAAUAUAAUAUUGACAAUAUACUUUAAUAAGGAUAUUAAAGAUUGUUUUAUAUGAUCACAUAAAUGCUUUUUAUAUUAAAUACAAUUGUAAAUAUUAUUAAUUCAUUAUGAAAAUAAGUAGAAUUAUUUAUCAUGUAUGGCAUUCUCAAAGAAAUUUGAACUUCUUACAAACAAUUGAAAGACAGCACUUGCUAAUUUAUAGUAGAUACUAUUCUACAGAACCAGAGAAGAAUAAAGAAUAUGAAGUACCAAUAGAAAAUAUUCGUAACUUUAGUAUCAUAGCACAUGUUGAUCAUGGCAAAAGCACUCUUGCUGAUAGACUGUUGGAAUUAACAGGUGCAAUUAAAGCAAAUUCUGGAAAACAAAUUUUAGAUAAGUUACAAGUUGAAAAAGAGCGUGGAAUUACAGUUAAAGCUCAAACAGCUUCUCUUAAUUAUACAUACAAUGGAAUCAAAUAUCUUCUUAAUUUAAUAGAUACACCUGGUCAUGUAGAUUUCUCUGCUGAAGUACAUCGUUCAUUAGCUCCUUGUCAAGGAGUUGUUCUAGUAAUAGAUGCAAAUGAUGGUGUACAAGCACAAACUGUAGCUAAUUUUCAUUUAGCUAUUAAACAAAAUCUAGUUAUAAUACCAGUGAUUAACAAAAUAGACUUAAAAUAUGCUAAUCCUGAAAGAGUAAUGGAACAGUUAAAGAUAUUAUUUGACAUAGAAAAGUCGAAAGUUUUAAAAAUAUCUGCCAAAUUAGGUACUGGUGUACCUCAAGUCUUGGAUGCUAUUGUUGAAAGAAUUCCACCACCUGAUGUAUGUAGAGACAAGCCAUUCAGGGCCUUGAUAUUUGAUAGCUGGUAUGAUAAAUACAAAGGAGCAAUUUUAUUAAUAUAUGUUAAAGAAGGACUUUUAUCUGUAAAGCAAUAUGUUACUGCAAUGUACACUAAAAAAUCUUAUGAAAUUAGACAUCUUUCACUAUUAAGACCUUCUGAAGAACAUGUAAAUAAAUUAUUUGCAGGUCAAAUAGGAUGUAUUUCUUGUAAUAUGAGAUCUUCCAAAGAAGCAUUGAUUGGUGAUACAUUACAUUUAAAAAAUGCUGUUGCUGAACCUCUAAUAGGAUUUAAAUCACCAAAACCAAUGGUUUUCUCAGGUGUUUAUCCAAAUGAUCAGUCAAAGUUUGAUGAUAUGCGAACUGCCAUUGAAAAAUUAACAUUAAAUGAUAGCAGUGUUUCUGUCACACUAGAGUCUAGUGUAGCUCUUGGGCAAGGUUUUAGAAUUGGAUUUUUGGGUUUAUUACACAUGGAAGUUUUCAUGCAACGUCUUGAACAGGAAUAUGAUGCAUUAGCAGUUGUUACAGCACCUAGUGUUACAUAUAAAGCAAAAAUUGUUGGCAAGAAAAAUAUAAAGCAACAUAAUAAUAACGAGAUAAUCACAUUUAAUAAUCCUGCAGAGUUUCCUGAUCCACAAAUUGUGGCAGAGUUUUAUGAACCCUUCAUACUAGGAACUAUCAUAGCACCAACUGAAUAUACGGGUACUGUGCUAUCUCUAUGCCUUGAGAAACGAGGGGUACAACUAUUAACAAAAGAUGUUGGCCAUAGUAGAACAUUAUACCAAUUCCUGUUGCCACUAAAUGAAGUUAUUAUCGAUCUUCACGAUACACUAAAACGUGUUACAUCAGGAUAUGCUAGUUUCGAUUAUGAAGAAUCUGAUUAUGAGGUUUCGGAUAUAGUGAAGUUAAGUAUUGUUUUAAAUGGAACUCCAGUUGAAGAACUUAGUACUAUUGUACAUCUUAGCAAAGCUCGUCAAAAAGGAAGAGAGUUAUGUGAAAAAUUAGUAAAUAAUCUUCCACGCCAAUUAUUUGAGAUAGUAAUUCAAGCUGUUGUUAAUUCAAAAGUCAUUGCAAGAGAAACAUUAAAGGCAUAUAGGAAGGAUGUAACUGCAAAACUGUAUGGUGGUGAUAUUACCAGAAGAAAGAAAUUAUUAGCACAACAAGCAGAAGGAAAGAAAAACAUGAAAUUAAUUGGAAGAAUUUGUAUACCUCGUGAAACAUUUAUAAGUCUCUAUAAAAGAUAAUACAAAAA